GUUCGCUGCACCAGAAAAAGGAUGGAGUUCCUGCUCGGUGGUGCCUCGUCGAUGUGUGCCGUGCUGUUUACGAAUCCGUUCGAUGUGCUCAAAACACGCCAACAGCUGGAGGGUGAGCUGAUAGCGAAGCAGAAUCUCAAGGAACGCUCGUACAAGGGCAUCCGACAGUCGGUCAUCACGGUGGUCCGGACGGAUGGUUUGCGUGGGCUACAGAAGGGUCUUCCGGCCGCUCUGCUGUAUCAAUUUUCCAUGAACGGUGUCCGUCUGGGGACGUACCAGACGGCGGAGAAUCUCGGUUGGACGAAGAGUGCCAAACAUCCCACGCUGACACCGUUGCUGUCGCUGUUCUGGGGUGGAUGUGCUGGGCUGGCAAGUGCUACCGCGUCCUGCCCAUUCUACGUGGUGAAGACACAGUUGCAGGCCGUCACUUCAGGAUCUUACACGGCACGCUUUCAGCAUCAUCACAGUGGAACUUUGUCGGCUUUUGUGAAUAUCUACAAGCAAAGUGGGAUUCGCGGACUGUUCCGCGGGUAUACAGCAACGCUAGCCCGUCUGGUCGUGGGAUCAUCCGCUCAGAUGUCUUCCUUUAGUGCAUGCAAAGAGUUCUUCCUGCGCUACGAAGUGUUCCAAGAGUCGAUUGUACUGACCGCACUGGCUAGCAGUACUGUGGCAGGAUUUCUGACCAGCGUGCUAAUGUCACCGUGCGAUGUCGUGACGACACGUAUGACCAAUCAAGCCGUGUCAGCCAACGGGAAGGGCUUACUGUACACCAACAUCUUCGAUUGCUUCCUGAAGAUCUACCGAUCCGAGGGCAUCCACGGCUACUACAAGGGAUUCGUGCCAAUGUACCUGCGUGUGGCUCCACACACGAUGCUCAACCUUACCUUCUGGGAGUUCUUCAAGGGUCUUCACGAACGUUAUGGGAAGCAUUGAACUGGAUGCUCGA